CUAAAUUAAGCCCAUUGCUGUGUCAGGGAUAUUGUCUUUCCACACGCUGGAGCAAGUGAUAUUUCCUAUGCUAAGAAAAAUACUAGGGGUCUUUAGGGCCUUUUCAUGUUAACACUUGACAUUGGAUGGAUUGCGUUUUUGGCACCAGUGAAAUAAAUGGGAUUUAUUAUCUGAUCAGCGUUAUUUUUCUAAAACAAAAGGAUUACACAGAGAUAAGGUAAGUCAAUCAGAUGAUAAUCCAGGAGACUGUGAACUAAGUCAUAAAGAGCAACUAAUUGAUAACAAUAUAUGUAUUUAUUUAUAUUGAUAAGGUACAUCAUGGAAUAUGUCCCUUUUUGAUUAUGUCUAUUUAUAUUGUAAAUUAAAUAUAAUUAAUUAUACCAGUAAUGACUGAGCUAUAAACAAGUUUUAAUAAGAAAUGUUCCUUGUAUUGGUUUAUUAUACUUUAUAUUACACAAAUGUUUGAAAUUUUGUCUUAUCUUAAUUGUAUUAAGUUGUAUUUUGUAGGUCAGAUUUUAGAUAAUUUUGUAGAUUAUUUUAAUAAUCUAUCAUUUUUUUUGUUAUACUGUACUUAAGAACUAUUUUUGUAAGUAAGCUGAUACAUGUUAAAAGAAAAAAGUCAUAUUGAAUGACAAAUCCUUUAGAAGUAACUCAUUAAUAGUGAGUUUUGGACAUGACAUUUAUUUAAUAAUACAAUAAUAAUAUAUUAAAUGCAAAAAAGGAAAAUGUUUGAACUCAGCAUUCCAAAUCUUCAAUGCAUCUGGCAAAAUAUUUAUUGCUAUUGAUAUUUAUAUUAAUUGAUGGUAUUGGUCAAUUGGACAAUGCCGCUUCAUGUAAAGAGGUUUAUACUUUGAUUAACAGAUUCCACAUACAUAUAGAAUUCUAGAAGGAGAGAAAGUGAAAUCUGGUGAUUAAAAAGAAACAUGGCAAAUUAUUUGGUGUACUUAUAUUGCUUCAGCUUAUCUCUAACCAAAAGAAUUGUUUCUCAUAUUCCUGUAGAGAUCACUAAUGAAUUCUUGUAUAUACAUAUCAUCUAAGCUAUGGAAAUGACUGGUGGACUCUGUUAUAUACAAACUAUAUGAGCUAUAUUAUUCUGGUAUAUACAUAAUGUCAUAGCAACCCCUUUUGCAUACCUAUGCUUUAUGUGUUGGCUAUAGAUAUUCUUCGUGAAUUCUGGUAAAAACAAGUCUGGUAUAUGUUCAGCUGAGCAAACAGGCAUUUUAUCACAAGAACUAUUAUAAUAUUAUAAUUAUUAAAAUAUUUUUAGGUCUGAGCUGUAAUGUCAAUUCAUUAGGAGGAGGGAUUAAAUACUCACAAAGCCACGUGGAUAGUUCGUAAUGCGUGUUUGGGCAAUAUGUGGGCUGGUGCUACCCAAAAAUGGACUGCACAAAAAAACUUAGAAAUUACUCCAGGGGGCGAAUGGAUGGACGUGGGGCACCUCGGCUCCUCCAUGAAACCCUAAUACCAAGCUCUAAAGUACUCUACCCCCCCCUGAAAAAAACAUACAGCUGCAACUAGAAAGCAUAGGGGAACCGAGCACAACUCUUGGUGUACAUACUGACCCCCGUCCUACCGGCGAUGCAGACUACUGGGCAGCUGGGAUUGCGGCCUGUCGUGAGGCUCUGGCGGGAGAUGCGGCCAGUCUCCCAUGCUUAGUCCGACGGGACCUCUCACACGCCUACCGAGGGCCCCGUUCUCCCGCCCUGUGGGCCUGGGGGGUUAUCCCGGAAGCAGUGACCACCCAUGAUGCUUGAGCGGCAAACAGAUCGACCAGAGACCGCAUAGCGAAAUCCAAGAUGGCCGCCGCGCUUAUCACUAGCUGGAGAAUAGAGGCAGCAGCAACUGCUGGGGACGGUUUGGAAACCGAAGCGGUCCAGAACACAAUGCAUGGGCAGCUGCCCACCAGAUAACUCUAAGGAGGGACAAUCAGCAUGUAAACACAGCUCAUGCCUGCACUAUCUAGGGCAACAUCUCACAUGGUAACCGGCAGAUCUGUGGGGACCCACUUGGGACUAUAACCCUGAAUGAGCACAGAAGUGCAACGGACAAGAGACACAAGCUCUUUCUAUAUACCUGAGGCUGCUUCUUAUACCUGAGUAUACUAUUUUAGUAUUUAUUCAUACUGUCAUGUCUAGAAUUAUUACAGUUGAUCCUAUUCUGCAGACCCACAUGCAAAACAUCAAAUAUGAUUAAGCCUACCUGUCUGUUUAUCCAGCUAACCCAGAGACUCGCUGCCCCCUGGUGGUUAAAUUUAAAUCUAAGCAGUGAAGAAAUUCACAUCAUCUACCAUGUUUAGACUUGAAGAUACCUGUUAACCAAGAUAUUAUCAAAAAAUGUGCAUGUUUACUCCUUUACCUCAAAUGUUAUGCUUGAAAAGUUACUAGAGGACUGCCGUUGGGGUACCUCGAGCUAAACUGUAUUCACUUCUAUGCACUGCAAAAAAAAAAAGAAAAAGAAAUGACUCCAAACCAAUAAUUUAUGAUGGUUAAAUAAUUCUUCUUCUUUUUCAUAUGCUGCUUUUUCAGUUAUGGGUGAAUCCUGUGACCAUGGUAAAACAACAAGAAGGAAUACAUAUAAUAUAUCAAUAAGCUAAAAGCUGCUAUACUUCUAUGUUAUUGUAUUCCUUGACAAUAUGCUAGUCUUCAACAUGACAUUAACUGGAACACGGCUUGUUCUAUGUCAGGAGUACAUUUGAAGGGUUUAUAGACCAUCAGCUCAGUGGGCAAGAUGAGAAAUAAGAAUUUGAGAAACCAUGUAAUAAUUUUGGUUAUAUUCAUCUGAAACAUGUUUAGACAUUAACCCAAAAGUUAUAACUGUCAUGGAACCAUGAGAGGGAAACACUGAAAGAGUUACAAUGAUUAUUGCACUGAAGACAUGAUAUCACGAUAUGUUAGUCCGUAACACAACCGCUGUCAUGGAAGCCAUGACUUAUCACAUGUUCCCUUGAAUUUGGUACUGUUAAACCAUCGAACACAGACCACCCCUCUGGUUCAUUAACUUCACAGAAAACACCUAACUCAAGUGCUCUCUUUGGGUAGCGUGGAAAUGGACUAUCAGGGCCUGGUGCAGGGUAAUCACACGCCCCCUGGUGUUGAGCACCAGCGUUUGUGCGGCCACAUACCAGGGCCCUGAUGCAGCUACUGUGGACCCCAAGAGCUAGGAGCUUGAUGAUAUGCAGACCUCCCAGGAACUGGAUAGGGGGUCUCUGCAGCAGAUAUGUAUCCAGUGCAGAAACAAGGCAAGACUAGAACAGGCACCUAACAAGAAAACAAGACAAGACUAGAAGAACCCAGAACCGGAGCAGGACAUAAAGCAGAACCCAGAACAUGUACACAAGACAUGAGGGAAACAUGAACAGGGCAGGACAGGACUGUACAUGAACUGGGAAUACAAGACAGAAUAAAACAAGACCAGAGAUGCCAGGCAAAACAAGAAGAGACAUAACUAAGUACUAAUAUAUGCAAUAAACAUUGGAGAUUUAGACAUACAUAAAUAGCCAAGAUGUAUGCAGCCCACAACUGCGUCAAAGUACUCCAAUUAAGGUGGGUUCCUACACUGCCUAGAUAUGCAUGGCUAAAUAAACAAUAAUAAAACACACAACACUUACCUGCAAGAAAGGGCAGAGGACUUAAAACAACUGCCUGCAGGAACCAACUGAAACAAAAAGGAUUAAUGGGAAAGGAAUGGGUGUGGCAACAAAAAACAAACAUUUAAAGGAAUCCAAGAGACUGGGAAUUCCAGGAACGGAAUACAGGAAUGAACCCAGAAAACCCAGCAUAAAGAAACCAGACCUGGAAUAGAAAACCAGAAAAAACAAGAAAAACUAAACAAGAAUUGUAAAAAGAGUACUGGAUACCAGAUGCCAAGGCCAGACAUCUCCGCAGAACAGAGCAGGAUGUGACACUCAGACCCAGGCUAUCCGGGGAUACCAUGCUUGUGAGGGUUCCUAUCUGUUUUCUAUGUGUUUUUUUUGUACAAUAUUGUACCUCUAGUGCCUGGGAGAUAAUUAGUUUAAGCAAAAGUACAUGCUCUUAUCUCCCGGAUACAGAGACGACUGGGCGGGGUUACUAUAGUAUUGUAUGAAACCCCCAUGCUGGGGGUCUGGGUAUAUAAGCAGGCAACUUGGCCUUAAUAAAACAUUCCUUGUAACCAAUACAACUGUCUGCAUCCAAUAUAUUGGGAAAGUUUCUAUAUGCAGUGGGAGAGCUAUAUCGCUCCUAAGCACAUCUGGAACCAGGAUUAGCGGAGGAAGGAAGGAACGGUGACAUUAGCCUAGCAACCCUUGACACCCGCUCUUUCAAGCCUUCAAAUUAGUCUAAUAAUGGGUUUUGGGGGUAGUGCAGGGUAUGGCAUGGUAGGACUGCAGGCACUAUAACAACUUCAAUAAGAUGCAGCUGUUAAAGUUCCUACAGUGUCCCUUUUAAAUCUGGUGUUACCAGAUUCCUUAUUUGACCUUUAAUCUCUUGUAGUUGUAUAUUGAAAGUGACCCAAGCCACACCACCCAUAUCUUUAGUACCUAUUGUUGUUACAACAUGUGUUUUAGUUAUUGAUGUUUAGAAAAUUAGAAGAGCUGAUAGUUAAGUAAAAGUCUUAUUUAUUUUACAUAAUUGUUAGUAAACUAUUACUGAAGACUGUUUUCUAGGGGUGCCGUCAUUUUUAUUGUAACAAAUUUAGUAUUUAGUGGCAUCUUUCUUUGAAAUGUAAUAACAAGUCUGGACUGCUGUAUUGUUGUCACCCAUUAGUAAGUAGAGUAUCUUGACUUCAGCAGUCCCAAUGUAAGUGAUAUUGCCUGUGUCUGCAUCUCAUUCACACAAUGUACACUGGUAACUGAUUAUCUUAUUCCUGAGUUCCAUAAGGAUUUAAGGUGGCAAUGGGAAUAGCCUCCAACUGCCAGCAUUCACCACAGAUGAAUUGUCAGGAUUCCUCAGUGAGUUGAAAAGGGAUGCGAGGAGUUCGUGUACCAGGCCAUGCUUCACACAUGUCCUCGCUUUCUAGCAUCCCAGGACAAGCUUAAUCAAACUGAGGAGAUAACCUCUGCAUGCUGCCUGAUUUUGGUGUUUUCUUACCUGCAAGGGAGCAGCAAGAUAGGUGUGUGCAGUGGCACUCAGUAAACAUACUCAAAGCCUCCUGCUCAUUCAUGUAAAUGCCCCACUUCUUGGGAAGAAGUUAGGCCUGGUAAGGCUGAUUUCAUAACUGGGCCCUAAAAGGUGAAGCAUAAGGAUAGGUCUUUGAUUUGUAGGUCUCUACAUGGUAGCGAAGAAAGAAAACAAUUUAACAUGAACCUGUUAUCCAUGCUAAGCAAAUAUCAUCUAUCUAGUUAAUAUUAUAACAAUGCUAGCUGAUAUUAUAUUUUUAGAAUUAUAUAUAUAGUAAAUUAGCAUGAAUUUAUAUAAAUUUUAUGAACUUUUUAAGAUGUAACCUGUAGACGAUUCCAUCCUAAUCACCUACAUCGUUCAUUCCAUUAGACUCUGUCUAGUCUCCAGUCUUUUAUGAAAUCCUUAUAAACCCAUGGUUUUAGAGAAGCAUAUCUGAUAACGUUUGAGCUGGCACAUUUUAUAUUCUUAUCCUGUAUCAGCCUACAACUGCAUUCCUUGUGGUUUUCACAAAACCCAUUCUAUUAUCUCCUCUACAACUAGCGUACGUUAUAUAAAUCACAUACACACCACAUAGUAUUAGUAGUAGGACACCUAAUCUGUUUUUCCCUUGGAUGUGCUGCACUUUACUUGUGUAAUUAUACUACAAUUUAUUUAGACUGUAGUCUUGCUUCAGCUAUCAUCUUUGCAUCAUGUUCUUGUACGGCAAACUUGUUUUGUGAUAAUUACCCAUAAGUUUAUUAUAGAAAUGUGUUGCUGAACCUAUGUGUGAUGAGUUCCCUAAGGAUUGUCUGAGUGUCAUACUCUAGUGUCCUUGUCAUUAAAAAGGCCUCUCCCUACAGAUGUUCAAUUUGUUCUACUGUCGCAGUUCAGAUACCACCGAACACUCUUGCAUUAAGGGUUUCUUCUGUGUUUAAAUAUGCAUGACCAACAUCUUGCAGCUAGACAACCUUUGUUUUAACCUCAAUGGUGACCUUACCAGUCUUCCUCACAGCUGUGACCUUGGCGUUGUGAUACCAAAGAGGAUAGUCCAGUUGACCUGCAGAUUAUAGAACAAGGCCACAUAAUUGGCAUGAGUAAUCUUAGACUUUCUCUUAACGAUGUGUACAGAGGAAACCCCACACUGUUCCUUCCUCUGUCUGUGUUUGCUUCUCCAUUCCAUUUCCACUGGCAUUAAGGUUUGAGUGUUUAAUCCUAGCUUCUUUCCUUUGAUUUCCAUAUUAUACUAAUGGUUUUUUUCUAGCUUUUACAGGGAAAUAUAUUAUCAACAGUUACAAUGCAUUUGUGUGAACAUUGUCAACCAAUGCACCAGAUUCCAAUCUAUUAAAAAAAAAAUUUUUACCACCAAUUUUACCAGGAGACAAUAAACCAUCCCUUGAUGUGUAUGUUGGUGUUGCAAUCUGCAUACAGAUGAUAGGAUAAUCUAGAACACAGUGGAACACCACCACACACGUGUUUAGUGCUACACAGCUCCACACUCAAUGGGAAGGCGGGGCAACAACUUUAUUGUACCAUAGACAUGAACACUAUUGAGAGCACCUUGGAGUUAUAUCUCAACAGCUAGUUAUAACCAACUUAGAAUUUCCAAGAUCUUUGGCACAAUAACAGGUUUUCCUACUCCUUAGGAUUUUACGUUAGACUACUUUAAGGUUUUGUUAUAUAGAAAGUUUGUACUGAGAGGGGUCUUGUUCUGUGAAUUAAUGUCACAUGAAAUCAUGAGAUAGAGUAAGCUAUAAUUAGGUUUAAUAUUUCUGGAUAAGCUUUUCAAAUUAUUUCAUAUUUUUUGAAAAGUUUUUAAAUAUUUCUUUCAAACUAUUAAAUGAUCAAAAAAAACUAUCAUAUAUCAAAUAUAUAUCAAUAUAUCAAUAAAAAAAACCAUAUUGAAAUAUAAAAAUAUUUUUCAAAAUAUUAAAUCAUUUUAAAAGCGAAUCCAAAGAUAUUAAAUCCACGCCUCAGCAAGCAUUAUUCACUUUUUCUAAUGUUUUCUGGUGUUUACCUAUGUGCACUGCCCACUAUCAUGGUUCAUUCUGAACACCUGGAAUUCUGCGGGUUGGUAACAAUGAUUGCACUGCAACCUGUUGGCAUGGUCACAAACUGUACAUAACCAGUUUCUGUAUGUAGAAAUAUUAAGGGUCUGUACAUUGUCUGUACAUUGUGACCUGUUCGCUUUAUAUAGAGGCCAUGCACAGAAAACUGAACAUAAGAACAUGGAAGAGCACAUGUUAGACAUACUAAUUCUGGGUACCAGUAUCAGUAUCUGGGUUUUGCAUGCAUUUAAGUCAGAUAUAUGUUUUUAUAGAAAUAAAACAAUAAUUAUAUAUGUGCACACCUGGCCAUCACUAGAGCAUAAAUUGUGGAUCUAGAACAUCAUAUUUGAAUUAGUAUUUUGUUAAAUAAAGUGUAGACAGUAAUUUUCCCAUGGGUGCACUGCACGCCCAAUUUAAUAUGUUUCACUUGCUGCCUACAGUUAUAAAUUGUUACCCCAGACAGCAUCUCGUGUUUUUCAUAUUAUUAAUAAGGUUCAGAAUGAAUGUUAUGUCUAUUACAAAGCUAUAAAUAUAAAGUUAUAAUCAUAAAGCACAACGUUGCUGGAAGCAGUUGGGCAGUCAGAGGCAGUUUUGGUCAAAAUGACAACAAUAACAUAACUUCAGGAAGUAUAUUAAGCAAUAGCAGGAAUUAAACAGCAUUUUUCAAGUUUAAUUAACGGAUGAAAACAUGAAUAAGCAGAGAAGUACCAUAGAGUAAAUUAUAGAACACAAUAGAAGACUUCUCACAGGUAUACCACAUUACAUAACACCAGCUUCAAUAAGCCAGACAUAAACACAAUGCACAGCUAUUACAGUUUAAAAGAUCAUUUAUAGAGUUAUUCAAUAAAGUGUAAACUAUCAGGAAUUCAAACUGAAAACAUACAUGGCGUGGUAAAUUCCUCUAGUUCAGUUAUUUCAGUCUAACAUUUGAAAUUUACUCCUGUCAAUUAAUGAAUAAUCCUGGGAAAUUGCAUUUAUUUGGGCUUAGAAAUAAUAAUAACAAUAAUAAUAUUAAUAAUUAUUAUUAUUUUUUUUUUUAUUAUGUCAAAUAGUGAAUCAAAAAAGGUACAUUUAGCGUUAUCAUUUUUUAAAAUAAAUCCUGGGGUCUAGAUGUUAUUAUUAACUAUAAUCUCACUCAUAUUUUCCUUUAAAAUAUACAGUGAAUAUGACAAAAUAAACAAGAGAGAGGAGUGGUAAUACCUGUGAAGUACGUGUUUAUUGAAAUUUCUUCCAUGCUCUUGAAAAAAAAAAAAGUGUGAAAAACAAUUUAAGCCUUGAUCUGAAUAAUUCCUAUAAUAGAUAGAAUCUAUAAUUUACCAUUGGAUUGUGGAUUCUAAAUGCAUGAUUGCCUAUGGCAUCUUACUGUAAUAUUUAUAUUAGGUCUUAUCUUUUGGAUUCCCUCUCAUUAUUCUUCUGUCCUUUACGAGUUCUCUUAAUUGACUGCAAAUCAAUUUAAUUUGUGCUACUCUACUGUAAAUAAAUGCAGUAGAUUAAUAUGUCUAAUUUUUCUUUCACAAUUUGUAUUUUAUUCAUUAAUGCGCUUACUGUCCACUAAAACAACUUUAAAGGAACACUAUAGCACUAGGAAUACAAAUGUGCAUAGUCCCCUCCCCUCCCCACAUGUGCCAUAAAAUUGAUUAAUAAAGUAUCUAUUUAUAUUUUUCCAGAGCCGAAACUCCCUUGGUGGUGCUCACCUCUCAAGGGAAGUCAUGGCCUCCUCCAUGAUGGUCCAAUCCAAUGUUCCUUAUAGAGGAACAUUGUAUUAAAUGCCUCCCUACGAGCUUCCAUGUUGCUUGGUCAGUGCAGUGGAAGCACCUACUUUGACUGUCAGGAAGAUGGGCAUUAGAGGAGGAUACUACCCUGGAAAAACUGUAAUGCGUUACAUUGCAGGGGUAAAAGGAGAUGGACACUGCACCCAGACAACUUCGAUGAGAUAAUAUGGUCUGGGUGACUAUAACAGGCCUCCCAACAGUCCAGCUUUCGGCGGGACAAUCCUGAUUUCGCUUAAGAUCCCUGGUGAUGCAACCGCUCACCCUGUCUUGAUUCUGGCCACGAUUGUUAGGAGGUAUGCUUUAUUGUCCAUUUAAGUUCUAAGUUAGGGUGCUUAAAGUGUCCCUCUGAAUACAUAUGUGAUGCUUCAAAACGGGAGGAAUCUAAUUACGCGAAAGCUUUCUACAUGUUCAAAAAUGUCUGGCCCUUAUCUUUAAUUCUUCCAGUAUGUGUGUGAGCAUGAGGCCUGCUGCUAGCUGAGCAUUAUAGGAAUUGCAGUUCACAAACAUGCUCACUGCUAAGAUUGGACAUUAAUGCUCCUGUUGAACUUGCCACCAUUUAGUAUGUUACAUGCUAUUAGGUUACAACUAAGGCUAAAGAGAAUUUCAUAUAGAAGAAAAACCACUGUUAAACAAUUACAUAGAUUAUACAGAUAAUGAACCGCUGGAAAAUUUCCCAGAUAUACUUCAGAGUCACGGAGAUACAACGCAGCAGCAUGUUUAGAACUUUCAAUGACCAGUCUUUAUUACAAAAUUCUCCUUCUUUAAACAUGUGUUUAUAUGGGAAAAUGUUUUAUUAUUUAAGUGUUUUAUCAAGCACUUCCAGCUGAAGUGGUAGAGGUUAACACAGUAAAGGAUUUUAAGCAUGCGUGGGAUAGGCCUAAAGCUGUCCUAACUAUAAGAUAAGGCCAGGGACUAAUGAAAGUAUUUAGAAAAUUGGGCAGACUAGAUGGGCCGAAUGGUUCUUAUCUGCCGUCACAUUCUAUGUUUCUAUGUUUCUAUGUUUCACUACUAAGCAACAAACAUGACUAUUUGUAAGGUUGUGGUGUGGCACGGUGAGGCACACUACGAUAGAAAAGAUGGUCUCUCCUUAACAUCUUAAAAAGACUGCCCCUCCUAAACAAUAGGGACUGUCCCUCCUAAACUUAGAUACUUUGGAGGUAUAUUAUUAUUUCUGGUAAUAAGUAAAAUCAAGUGUUAUACGUUAUAGUAAAGGAACACUCCAUUGACAAUAUUUUUUAUAUAUAAUAUAGUAACUACACCACCAAAGUAAACUUAUAUGAUUUUCUUUUUCUCUAUAUUUGCUAGGGAUGUUUAUGGGAAAAAAACAGCUUACAAGCGCUGCAGACUUGCUGUCUGCAGCCUUCACAAGUCCUCCUUUUUUUUCACCAGCAUCUGUCUGUGCCAGGGAAUCCUCCAAUCAGAGGCUUCUCAUUGAAAAGCCACUGUGCUGUCGCGUGUGUGUGCAUGCAUGCAUAAGUUUUUUCUGCUUCCCAAUGCUUCUUAAUGAGCUAGAAUACAGGCUUAACAUAAACAGCUGUAAUACAGCUCAUUGAGCGAAGGUAGGUGCGUGGUAGCUCUGUGGAACUACUGGAAGAAGAAGAAAACUUCCCUGGCUGUCUGAAUUUAAACUUUUAUAAACUGCCUCAAAUAUGACAACUGAAUAUAAACUUUAAGGGCUUUUCAUAUUGGGAGAGCAGAAAAUGUAACACUGCUCAGCUACCGUAGGUUAUUGGAGUCUUGGCUAGCUGAAAUGAGCAUUCUGCUUAUGUAGUUUACUCGAUAGGAGAUGAGGGGGUCAUUUAUAGAGAGCAUCCUGCUAAUGUGUUAUAAAAGAUUAGGGGAGGUAGAUUGAGCAUACCGCUCAGAUAGAUUGGGUUAUAAUAGGUACUGUGAGCUGGAGAGAGUAUAGCGCUAAGGCAGUGUGCUUGUAAGAGACAUUUGGAGCUGAUGGGAACCUGCUGCCAUGUUCAUAGGAGGUUCUGGAGCUGGAAUUAGUAUACUGCUCAGGUAGCGUCCAUACUUUCCAGAACGGUUUAGAGCAAAAAAUGUAUCUGGAUUGGUGUGCUAAUGUUUUCAAUGUACUGUGUUAUUAAAUGUAUAUACUACAAUUGCAUUGAACAAACCUGAUGAAAUAUAUAUAUAUAUAUAUAUAUAUAUAUAAACUUUGGUUUAUAAAUCUAUGGUGAAAAUGUGCUAUAUAUACAAAAAAUUAUAAACAAAAUAAUUUAUAUCUAUAAUAGAAAAAAAAAAAAUUCAACCAAUAUAAAAAAAAUGAUGUAUAUAUUAUCAAUGAAAUUAUAUUUGAUUAUAUUUUUAUUUGGUGUUUGUUACCAGAUAACACAAAAGCAUUUAGCAAUAUUUAGCAAUAGCCAAAGUUAAACUUUUUUUUUGUAAUUCUAGAGAACCGGUACAUUUCCAUUAGGCCAGUAAAACAAGAAAAGUGCGCAAUGUUGCCACCCAGUGGUCGAACAUGAGAUUUUAUAUUGUUAUAUUUAUAAGCAAGAUGUUUCUUGGGUUAUUGCUAACUAUGUCUUUCUUUGUUUUACUGUUUUGGCAUAACAUUAUCAAUUUAGGGUGAUAAUUUAUCAAGAUUCACUUGCAAUGAAUUAAUCUCCAACUGUCAUGUAAAUCAUUAUUUCCCUGUAUAUUAUUAAGGAGAACUGUAGUCUUUCUGGAAAUUACACUUUUAAAUAAAACAUUGAAGAUAACCUAUCAUUUUACUAAACUGUUUUCUAUGAGAUGUUCCCUUUUCUUUUAAAUUUACAUUAAAUAUUUAGGAAGUCAUAUCGCAGCCCAGUUCAGUCCAGGGCACACAUAAAAUGGAUAAAGAAACAAAGAUGGAAAGUUCAGAGCUUAAAGCAGGCUUCCCCAAACUCCGGCCCUCCAGAUGUUGCUGAACUACAACUCCCAUGAUUCUCAGUCUAUCUAUUGCAAUCAUAGAAUCAUUGGAGUUGUGGUUCAGCAACAUUGGCGGAGUUUGGGGAAGCCUGGCUUAAAGGGACAUUUCAUUUACCAGAAACACAACAGGUUAAUGUAGUGGUUAUGGUGUCUAUAUCAUGGGCCUGCAGUGUUAGCAUGGUAAAGACUGCCUUUUCAGAGACUAAAAGCUCUAGUGGCAUUCAUUAACAUGGCCACUGGCGGUGCUUCACAGUGUGCAGCACCUACGUUCAGCAUCUCCAUACCCUGCAUCGAGGUGCAAAACAUUCCCAAUAGAGAUGCAUUGAUUCAUUGAUUCACAAAUGCAUAAAUAUAUAUUAUAGGGGAUAAGUAAACAUAAUAAUAAAAAAUAAAUAAAUAAAAGAGGCGUGUCAACCCUCUUUAAAGUAGUAGUUACGUUAAAAUCACUUUACAUUAAUCCAAUGAUCAGAAAAUAGCAGCUUAAUCUGCAUUAUUUUCUAAUAGUUCAAACGUUUUUUAGAUAUUUUUAAUAGGUUUGAAUCUGAUUGACAUUAUAAGCAUUCACUUAAAGAAACACUAUAGUCACCUAAAUUACUUUAGCUAAAUAAAGCAGUUUUAGUGUAUAGAUCAUUCCCCUGCAAUUUCACUGCUCAAUUCACUGCCAUUUAGGAGUUAAAUCACUUUGUUUUUGUUUAUGCAGCCCUAGCCACACCUCCCCUGGCUAUGAUUGACAGAGCCUGCAUGGAAAAAAAAAACUGGUUUCACUUUCAAACAGAUGUAAUUUACCUUAAAUAAUUGUAUAUCAAUCUCUAAAUUGAACUUUAAUCACAUACAGGAGGCUCUUGCAGGGUCUAGCAAGCUAUUAACAUAGCAGGGGAUAAGAUAAUCUUAAUUAAACAGAACUUGCAAUAAAGAAAGCCUAAAUAGGCUUUACAGGAAGUGUUUAUGAAAGGCUGUGCAAGUCACAUGCAUGGAGGUGUGACUAGGGUUCAUAAACAAAGGGAUUUAACUCCUAAAUGGCAGAGGAUCGAGCAGUGAGGCUGCAGGGGCAUGUUCUAUACACCAAAACUGCUUCAUUAAGCUAAAGUUGUUCAUGUGACUAUAGUGUCCCUUUAAGCACCCUCCUCCCCUCCCCUCCUCCCCCAUAUAACACUGUGUUCAUCAAAUGAGCAUAGCAUUCCCUACAUAGGGCCUUUGAGAGUUGGUUUGUUAUGAUAUAUUUUUAUGUCAAAGGUCAUUAAGUGGUUCAAGUGGUGAACGUUUACGAUCUAGUGAUCACCAGUCAGUGUGGUUUAAUAUAAGAAAAGUGACAGAGUCACACCACACAAAACCAAACGUUUUAGAUUUUUGAAAAACAGACAUUUCUAAAAUUAGAAUAUGUGUAAAGGAGUCUUAUCAGACUGGAGCAAUUUAAAUGGAGUCCAGGAGAAAUGGGAUUAUUUAAAAGUUGCACUACUGAAAGCAACAGAAAAUUGCAUUAGGCUUGUCAGUAAAAGCAAAAAAAUUAAGAAACCUCUGUGAUACUCCACAGAAGUGGCCAAAAUAGUAAAAAACUAAAAGUUAGCAUUUAGUUAUUAUAAAAAAACAUAGAGUGAGGAAGACAGACAGAUCUAUAAGAUUAGGCAGAAAGAGGCUAAGCAAGUUAUAAGAGCCUCCAAAGCACUCACAGAAGAGAGAAUAGUACAGUCGGUAAAAAAGGGGGAUAAAACAUUUUUUAGAUACAUAAAUGAGAAAAGGAAAGUAAGACAAUGAUUAAGGGACUCUCCAGUGCCUGGAAACCAUGCAGUGCCCCCUCCCUUCCACCCUCCAUCCCAUGUUGCUGAAGGGGUUAAAACCCCUUCAGUGACUCACCUGAGUCCACCUGAUGUCACUCGGCGCUGGGUCAGGCUCUACCCACGUUUCUCCCCCGCCAAAGUUAAUCGGCAGGGAGACCUAAUGCGCAUGUGUGGCAAUGGCCGCACGCAUGCAUUAGACCUCCCCAUAGGAAAGCAUUAUUCAAUGCAUUCCUAUGGGGAUUUCGGCAAUGCUGGAGGUCCUCACAUAGCAUGAGGAUGCCCAGCGUCGUAUAACACUUUUCAUGCUCUAAGAACACGGAAGUCCCUAGAGGAGGACUUAACCCUGAGAGGUUAUUAUUGUAGUUUAUAAAAACUGCAAUAAUUACACUUGCAGGAUUAAGGGUGAUGGGAGUUGGCACCCAGACCACUCCAAUGGGCAGAAGUGGCCUGGGUGCCUGGAGUGUCCCUUUACUUAGAUUUAAAAAAGAAGCACGGUAUGUAGAAGAAGAUAAAGGUCUAGCUGACUGACUAUUUUUGUUCAGUAUUUUCAGAUGAAAAUGAAGGAAAGGGUCCUCAGUUAGGAAAAAGGACAUGAGUCAUUUGUUACAUGUGAGUUUACAGAGGAAGAGGUUCUAUUUCAACUGUCAAAAGUAAAGACAAAUAAAUCAAUGGAACCUGAUGGAAUACACACAAAUUUAUUAAAAGAGCUUAGUGGUGUACUAGCAAAACCAUUAACAUAUUUAUUUAACCAAUCAUUGUUAACAGGAGUAGUCCCAGAAGAUUGGAAGUUAGUGAAUGUUGUGCCCAUUCACAAGAAAGGUAAUAGGGAGGAGUCGGGCAACUAUAGGACAGUAAGCCUUACUUCAGUAGUGGGGAAAGUGAUGGAAACCAUGUUAAAGGAUAGGAUUGUUGAACAUCUAAAAACACAUGGAUUUCAAGCUCAGAGACAACAUGGGUUUACUUCAGAGAGAUCAUGCCAAACUAAUCUUAUUGAUUUUUUUUUUGAUUGGGUAACUAAAAUAAUAGAUCAGGGUGGUGCAGUAGACUUUGCUUACCUAGAUUUCACUAAGGCUUUUGACACUGUUGGCUCAUCAAUAAACUGCAAGCUUUAAGUUUGGAUUCCAAUAUCGUUGAAUGGGUAAGGCAGUGGCUGAGUGACAGCCAACAGAGGGUUGUAUUUAAUAGAGUAUUUUUUUAAAGCAAGGUCUAGUUACCAGUGGGAUACUUCAGGGAUUUGUACUUGGACCCAUUGUCUUUAAUAAUUUUAUUAGUGAUAUUGCAGAAAGUCUUGAUGGUAAGGUAUGUCUUUUUGCUGAUGAUACUAAGAUAUGUAACAGGGUUGAUGUUCCAGGAGGGAUAAGCCAAAUGGCAAAUGAUUUAGGUAAACUAGAAAAAUGGUCAGAAUUGUGGCAACUGACAUUUAAUGUGGAUAAGUGCAAGAUAAUGCAUCUUGGACGUAAAAACCCAAGGGCAGAGUAAAUAAUAUUUGAUAAACUACAAACCUCAACAAAAGGUUUCUGAGGAAAGAGAUUUAGGAGUAAUUAUUUCAGAUGACUUAAAGGUAGGCAGACAAUGUAAUAGAGCAGCAGGAAAUGCUAGCAAAAUGCUUGGUUGUAUAGGGAGAGGUAUUAGCAGUAGAAAGAGGGAAGUGCUCAUGCCAUUGUACAGAACACUGGUGAGACCUCACUUGGAGUAUUGUACGCAGUACUGGGACCGUAUCUCCAGAAGGAUAUUGAUACUUUGAAAAGAGUUCAGAGAAGGGCUACUAAACUGGUUCAGGAAUUUAAGGAUAAAACUUAUCAGGAAAGGUUAAAGUAUCUUAACAUGUAUAGCUUGGAGAAAAGACGAGACAGGGGGGAUAUGAUAGAAACAUUAAAAUACAUAAACGGAAUCAACACAGUCAGGGCUGGUGUUUCCUAGAGGUGACUUAGGUAGGCACCAGGAGCACCAGCCCCUCAAAUGCUGCAGCCACCUGAGCACUCUAUAGAGAGCCUCAGGCGGCUGCAGCAUUGCUUGGGCCGGCGCGUCCAUGAGGGCGCACCGGCCCAGGGGGCACAAGAAAAGCCUCCUGCUAGUCCGUUAGUGUAGCGUGGCCGAGCUCCGGUCCGCGGUACAGGAACAUCCAUUUCCUGUACACAGCCGGACUGACAGGAAGUGCUCAUUCAGUGAGCAUUUCCUGUCAGUCUGACCGUGUACAGGAAACAGAAGCUCCUGUACCAUGGACUGGACCAGAGCUUGGCUACUCUACAACGUGGCACUAAUCUCUAAUUUACCUCACAUUAAAGGAACAGUAUAGUCCCCAGAACCACUGCGGCUUAAUGUAGUGGUUCUGGUGUCUAUAGCCUGUCCCUGCAGGCUUUUUAAUGUAAACACACACUGUGUGCAGCACUGGCCUUAGUUAAUAUGGCAGAUCAUAUGGGUGGGGAAUUGUGAUGUCACAUGGGGGGAGGGGUCGGGUGACAUUUUUCUUUUGCCUAGGGUGGCAAAAAUCCUUGCUCCGGCCCUGAACACAGUAAAGGAGGAGACUAUAUGUUGCUACCAACAGAGGGCACUAGACAAGCUCCAUAGCCAAACCCACCUAGUUGGUAGCAAACCUCAGCAGUACAGGAGAGCAGGCAAUACAUUACACAGUACACACACACACACUAUAAACAAUUAAAUUACACACACCCUGCACCUAUAAUGGGUACAGGGUGACUAAAACAUAAGAGAAAUAAAGCAACCUACAUAAAUAGUCUGUCUGAAGGUAGAAUAGGGGCUUUAAAGCCAAAUACAUCAAAGAGUCAUAGUCACAGGGGGGGAGGCUGGCAAGCAGGCCUCUCCAGGACCAAGUGGCAAAGGGCACUUCAUCACAACAGGUUAAAAGUCUUCCUGUAAUCUGGAAGCCCCAGUGCCGUCAUCAGCAACUUAAGGGUGUAGAAAGCAUUUUCUGCUGCAUGGGUUAAUUUAAAUGCUUUAAUUUCGUUGGCGAGACAAUCAUAGAGGGGCUGCAUGUAGAUUGCUGCAGAGUGAAGCCAAGGUCGGCAGUAUGAAACCAGGCUUUCACUUUUGUAGUUUUGCAGCCUGCAUAUGCCAGAAAUUUGAGCAAGGAACUUGGACUUUACGUUUCCAAAUUUUUGCAACAAAGGAGUAUAUCAUAUACUGCAAUUUAAUUAUGUCAUCUGCCCAUGGCCACUCUUCAAGAAUCUGUGCCAUAGCCAUGCUGUACAUAGUGAGUGAGUUUUUUGCGCUCUGAGGCAAUACUGUCCAAGUAUACUGCUUGUGUUUAUGUGUAAAUGCAAAUAAAUACUGACUGUCAGGAUCCAGGGGCACAGAGAAAAAUGCAUUUGUCAAGUCAAUAACAGUAAAAAACUUAGAGGAAGGUGGUAUCUGUGACAACAAGGUGUGUGGGUUGGGAAACUUAGGGGCAAUGAGUUCAGUUACAGCAUUAAUUGCCCUCAAAUCAUGUACCAUGCGGUAGACCACAGGUUUCCCUUUUUCUUGCUUUUUCUUAUUUGAGUACAAUGGUGUGUUACAAGGGGAGGCGGUCUGGACACUUACCCCUGCCUGCAGUAAUUCUUGCACAGAUUGGGAAAUAGCAUCUUCCUGUGCUGGGCUUGGGGGUAUUGUUUUUGACAGGGAGGGGUGGCUCCGUGCAGGAGAUUCACUUUGACUGGGGACCCUGCCUGUAUCUAUCUUCCCUGUAGCCCAUAGAGAAUCAGGGACUGAGGACAAGUCAAUGGCAGGUGCUAGCACAUGGCUGGGCAUAGUGAGAGUUGCCAGAACAUUUGAAAGGGAUAUCCUUUGUUUGUCCUCUAAAGGCACAGACAAUGUUACUUUUCCAGUGGGGCUAUACUGGAUAUUUGCAUUAAGGUAAGACAGUAUAUCACUGCCUAGUAGAUUAGCAUGAGGGCUGACAAGUAGACUUGUUACAAGGGCAGUAGAGUCGUGUAGCUUCAAUUUCAGUUUGUGGGUAAGGGGAAUGUCACUUGGGAUCCCAUCCACCCCUACACAUGAUAAUACAUCUUCAGACUUCUCAUAGAGGAACACAUAUUUUUCCUGCAACAUUGAUUUGCAGCACCUAGAGUUCCAGAACAUUUAUAAUAUGGAAUACAUUUUCUGGUGGUUUCUCUACAACCACAUUUAGUUAAUUCAACUGCAGUAUCAUGCCAUUUUUGGGUGACAUCUACUAAGUCAUUAUCUUCUAACCAACCUCUGUAAUUUGCCAUAAAUACCCUCCAUAUAUGUAGGUCUAGAGUGCCCUUUGAGGCAGUGGCGUACACACAACCCAUGGGGCCCUGGUGCGAAAAUUGAUCCGUGCCCCCCCCACUGACUCAAAAACUAACACUAACACACACUCUAACACACACUCUAACACUAACACACACACACACUUUAAAAAAAAAAUUUAAUCCCCCAGCCUCCCUACCUUUUGGGAGUGCUGAGGGGAUUCCCUGGGGUCCAGUGGGGCUGCUGGGCAGCCGGUCACCGGACAGGCUGGCGGGUGCGCAAGGGAACACUCUCCCCUGAGUGCUCCCUGUUCAGCUCCGUCACGCGCCGCGUACUGAUACUGAUAACGUCAUAUUCCGGCUCCGGCAUCAGUGCGGUGUGCGAGGGAGCUGAAGAGGGAGCACUCAUGAGAGAGUGCUCCCUCGCGGGCGUGCCAGCCCGUCUGCCGAGUGACACCAGGGCCAGCCUCGGGGGGCCCUGAGGUGGCCCCCCAGGAGAAGAGGCUGGCCACACUGGGUACAUACCGGGUCGCAGGGCAGCCGGACCCCCUGGUGGGCCGGGCCCAGUCGCAGCCGCGACCCUUGCGACCCCGGUAUGUACGCCACUGCUCUGAGGGCAUGACAGCUUUCUUAAGUAACCUUUAAUAUUCUUAAUUGCUCCUCGUCCUUUGUGAUGCUUGACUAUUGUCAAAGCCGUAAAUUCCCCUUGAGUGCUUUUAGAUCUACCCAUCUUAAAACUUGUAAUUACUUCCUUAUACAAGACAAACUGUACAAAAACAGUGUAUAAGACACUUAGGACCACUGCAGUGGAAUUUUCACAGUCUUGUCUUCGUUAUUCCAAACACAGAUCAGGAGAUCUUCCCUCAGAGGAUUCUAACUCGAAUUAUAAAACAAAUGACAAGGCAAACAAUAAAAAUAACUUAAAACCCACAGAUAUAUUCCACUAUCUCAAGAUUCCUUUCACAAGACAUAACACAACAUCCACCUGAAUAUAACCAUAAUACCACAGAAAACAAGUUCUUUAGAUCAGACGUUUUAAAAAUCCUUACCCACCCGGACAGGGGUCUCAAAGAGCACCAGAAAGUGAAAAUCAAUUAUAGGUAAAAAAUAAAAGCUUUUCCUCACCCGCUGCAGCUGAUUAACCGUCUGGGCUCCGAGCCAACCCUUCUGGGUCCGAAUGGACUGGAUUUGUCUGAUCCCGGGCACGGCACCAAAAUUGAUAUAGAUCCAAUGUGAUCUUUGGGAUAUUCAAGGGAGCCCAAAUUGAUAUUAUUUCAAGUGCACUUGAAGGAGCGUGAAUUCAGACACCAGACACCUGUUGGUAUUCAAAACAAGCUUCUGACCUUUAUUUUGUCAGUUGUGUUUUUAUACAUUAAAAAGUAAGUGCUUACGUGCAAAUACACAUAGGACAGUAGUAGGAAGGGAGUGAAAGGGUUAAAGGAGUACAGAUAAGACAUAGGGAUGAACGUCAUCCACAUAUAACAGAUAAGUUCCGAGGAAAACGAAAGAACAGACUGAUUUAGAAGAGACAGCUCAGGUGUGGGCUAUCUAGACAUAUAUGGUCUUAAGUGUUGUUUUAAGCAUUAAGCAUUUCCUGAGUCCAAGCUAGUCAAUUUUAAUAUAGGAUAUCUAAUAUGACACCUAUAAGCUUGAACCUUGGAAUCAAAGUAAAUUCUAUUACAACAGAGAGGGUAGUGGACACAUGGAAUAGCCUUCCAGCUGAAGUGGUAUAGGUUAACACAUUCAGGGAGUUUUAGCAUGUGUGGACUAGGCAUAAGGCUAUCCUAGACUUAAGAUAAGGCCAAGGACUAAUGAAAGUAUUCUCACCUGCCGUCACAUUCUAUGUUUCAUUUGAAAGAGUUUCAUACUGGAAGUAUAAGCAGAAACCAUUCAUAGAAUCACAAGAUUCUCAUGUUUCUAUUACCUUUAUUCCAUUUUGUACUUUCCACACCCUAUUGUGUACUUUCCUGUUCCUAUUGUCUUUCUUGUUCUCUUAUGGUAUUUUUUUUAUGUCCCCAUUGCCCCUCUCGCACAGCUCUGUUAGUGUUCUUAUCAUAUUACAUAAAAUGUCCCUAUCAUGUUACAUAUUGUGUGAUCCUUAUGCACCAUACAUAUUUAUUUCAAUGAGCAAGUCAUGUUUUCAAACUAUUUACUGCACUGUGGGUGAUGUUAUCCACAGACACAUUAUUCUUUCUAAUGAUAACACCUGAAACGCUCCACACACAGAUUCCAGGCACAAUGACGACUUCAAAUCACUGAAAUGGCCAUGGUGCUUGGAGUAACCCUUUAAUGGUUGUCAAAAACUUAAAGAGAAUUCUCCAAUUUUCCUUUUCCCAAUUUUCUCAAUCUUCUAUUUUCUGUCUCACAGUCUCUUAACUCCCUGAGUCUUUUUAAACCAAUCAUUGAUCCUCACCAACCAGCCUUUUCUCAUCUUUACUUACUAGAUUCCCCCCCCCCUAGAUUCCUCUCUUAUUAACUUUAUUGACAUGUUCACGGCAUAUGCCAUCUUUUUCUCUACUUUGCAAAUCUUUUAAUCUGUUUUUGACUCUUAAGUUUUCACUUACCUGCUCAUCUUUUAAUUUCUACUUUCUUUCCCCUGGUUUCCCUCACUCCUCAACAAUGUAAUUUCCAAGUUUACUGUAUUCUCUAACUCCCCAUCUCUCCCAUUUCCUCUGUCUUAUUUUUUCCCUCUGCUGUCAAAACCUUAAAUCCAGUUUAAUCUGUUUUUCUUACCUUAUCUUCUGAUCUCUCCAUCAUCCCAUAGAUUGUUCCAAGACUAGUUCCACCUUAUUCAAAACAUCCUGUAGCUCUGCUCUACCCAUGUAUGUCCCCUGGUUUGUCCAAACCCUGCAUUUUUCCUAUAAGGGGCAGAAGGAGUCCUCCUGUAUUGCUGCCAAAUUAGAGAUGUAUUCUCCUCCUCAACUUGAAUUGGGAAUUCAAACAUAAGUUUGUUUUGUUUUUUAAUGUAAGCAACCAUGGACCUACCAUAGGGCACAAGCCUGAUAACACUAACAUUAGUGAUGGUUACAGAUUAGUGAUGGUUACAGUGCCAGAUGACAGCCAUUCCAGCCAUUAAAAUUGUGGCAGUUGCUUGUCAUGUAUGAACUGAUUCUACUUAUGAUUAGAGGCCCCAAACUGCACGGAGGUGAUCUUUACAUUAUUCCUUAUUCACUAUGGGGAAUAAAUGCACAAAGCAUUUCACCAUUCACAUUGUAUCAGAAAUUACAGUACUGCCCACUUAAACAUUCUCUCUUUAGUAAAAAAAAAAAAUCUUAAACUUAUUUCUGCAUAUUUUAAUAUAUAUUGUGAAUUUUCUGAAAUUACUGACAGAAACAAACAGGAAACGUGGCACGUGCAUAGGUUUGGGCACCAUUUUAGUUGAUCCACAAGUGCAGGGCUAGGAAACCUUCAGCACUUGAGAUGUUGUGGACUACAUCUCCUAUAAUGCUCUUACAGCCAUAAUGCUGCCAAAGCUUCAGGGGAGUAGUAGUCCACAACAUCUGGAGUGCCAAAGGUUGCCUACCCCUGCACUAGUGAUUUAUUUUGUAAGAUCAAAAACCUCAGCAUCCAAAUUGUGUUGUCACUGGAUUCAUAAUCACAAUGGAACAUUUAGCAACUACAAUACUAACUGAAUACGGGGACUCUUGACUCAAGAAAUGUUAAGUAUUACUGUAUAAUUCUAAAUGAUCUGGUUAUUAUAUACUAUGUCUCCUCCUUUACACUCAUAUACAAAUCUGUGGAGAUGACAGGGGAGAUAUAGCUACAUACUGACAUUGUGGUUUAUCUUUUGGGAUGUCAAAAUAGAGCUACUACUCUAGAUCUGGAGCAUGUGAGUUGACUAAUGGAAUAUCUCUAAAAGCACUGCUGAAAAAUGGAAUGAUAACGUCACUGCACCAUGUCUAAUGUUUCACUUUCACAGAAAUAUGCUUAUUUGCAAUCUACUUAUUAAAGUAACAUAUUGGGCACCACAAGGAGGUUGUUAUGGUGCCAGGAAUGUUCCUUCACAAUAAAGGAUUAAAUAAGUAUACGUACACAUAUUAUUUAAUUAUGUAUUUGCACUAGAUGCGAGUGUGUACAGUUCUAGCUAGUUUAUAUGGUGCUACAUUUAGUGUAGGUGCAGCCCUGCCUAUGUUUUCGAGUGGUCAUUUGCACAUAUGCAUAUCUAUCUGUCUGUCUAUUAGCACAUGCAAACAUAUAUAUCAUAUUUAGAUAUUUUUUGACACUCCUACUAGAAAUGGCCAUUUUUUGAUUAUAUGCUAAAAUGUCAGAUUAAAUGCUAAUAUGUCACAUUCUGCCUGAACUUUUGCAGAGUACCAGAGUAAAGUCUCUAAAACAUGUUAUCUCCCCAACGUUUUUGUAAACCCUGACUAAAUAUAGGAAAAGAUAACACUGCGGAUAUUUAUAUUAUUGUGUUUUAGGUAUCCUUAAACAACACAUUACACCCCAAAUUGAUGUUUUGUUGCAUAUACAUGUAGCUAUACAUUGCACGUUAGAAAUAAAGUUCAUGUCAAAUUAAAGUUAUCAAUAUAUGUAGUUAUUUAUUGCUAAAUUGUAAUCACAUUUUCCAGUGGGUGUGCCAUGGUUAAACUAUAAAAAAAACUAUUAUCAAAAGGUGUUUUUUUUUUUUUUUUUUAAACAACAAAAUACAUUUACCUUUAUGUUAACAGAUCUUUUUAUGGUUAUAUAGUCAUAUUUUCUUUUUUUGUUUAAUUGCAUUAAAGGAACACUAUAGUCACCUAAAUUACUUUAGCUAAAUAAAGCAGUUUUAGUGUAUAGAUCAUUCCCCUGCUCAAUUCACUGUCAUUUAGGAGUUAAAUCACUUUGUUUCUGUUUAUGUAGCCCUAGCCACACCUCCCCUGGCUAUGAUUGACAGAGCCUGCAUGAAAAAAAUAAAACUGGUUUCACUUUCAAACAGAUGCAAUUUACCUUAAAUAAUUGUAUCUCAAUCUCUAAAUUGACCUUUAAUCACAUACAGGAGGCUCUUGCAGGGUCUAGCAAGCUAUUAACAUAGCAGGGGAUAAGAAAAUCUUAAUUAAACAGAACUUGCAAUAAAGAAAGCCUAAAUAGGGCUCUCUUUACAGGAAGUGUUUAUGGAAGGCUGUGCAAGUCACAUGCAGGGAGGUGUGACUAGAGUUCAUAAACAAAGGGAUUUAACUCCUAAAUGGCAGAGGAUUGAGCAGUGAGGCUGCAGGGGCAUGUUCUAUACACCAAAACUGCUUCAUUAAGCUAAAGUUGUUCAGGUGACUGUAGUGUCCCUUUAAGUCGAUAAGAAAAUGAAUGAGAACAUAAGGAAUCCAGUGUGCAACAACGCAGUUUUAUCACCUCCACACAGCAUAGGAGGGAGAGAGAUAAAGUGCAUUAGUCAGUUGUAUUAGGCAAUGCCGUUCUAUGGGUAAAUUAGUCCUCUUGUACUGUGUUGCAAUAAUAGUGGACGUGUAUGUGGUAUUUUUUAAGUGCGUCCAUAAUAAGAAAAAAAAAUUUUUAUAAAAAUAUUUUUACCCAAAACUCUUCCACUGAAAAAGUUCCAUUACAUCUUUAACUAGCAAUCUUUAUUUUUGUCAACGUUAAAGUAAUAGUACUAGUUAAGUAAAGUAAACCUAUCAUGGAUAUCUGGCAGCUUCACUUUAAUUGAUAGCAAUUCUGAUACCACAAGGGAAAAGCUAACUAUAAUACUCUUAAUGAAAUAUAAAGUUUGUAUUUGUUAUUUUUCUUUUAAACUAAUUAUUACACUUUGUUUAUUCACUAGGGAGACCCACAAUGGCCAAAUUAAUCAACACGCAUCAUACACAUGGUACCAUUCCUAAACUAUCCAUACAAGACAUGGACGAAGAGAUAGACAAAAUGGAAAAUGGAGAAAGCAGGUACAGUACGUGGGCUGUGACUCCAAAUGUUUGUAGAUGCAACGGAUUGAUAACAGAAGGAUCAAUAGUACAGUCAGUAGAACAAAAUGCAAUCGUAAAAUGAAUUUCAUAUAUCAAACACUUGUCUCAACCAUCUUAUUUUAACAUCAGAAAUGUUGUACCCAGAACAGAAGAUCCUGGAAAGUGGAUUUGAAUUGGCUUUCCAUUUAUUACAAUACGAUUGUGACCACACUCCUUGUGCAUUUAGACAAUGGAGGCUCGCCUGGUGCUAUACAAAUCCAUAGAUAGUCAAAUGGACACAAGGACUGGUGGACAGAUAAAUAGAUAGACCAAAUAUAGAUUUCACUAGGAUGUAACAUGACUCUGCAUAUUUCUUAACACAAACAACAAACUGUAUAAAACAUUUUAACAAUGUAGAAAUUCAGGUUCGUACAGUGCUAAUAAGUAACAGACUGGCCCCAACAAGACAAAACUUGGCCAGGAUGGUGCAAAGAGUACCCAGCAUUCACUCUCUAAAGCAGGUUUAGAACUGCACAGAUUUAUAAGAAUGGCUAGAAGACAAUCAGUUGAGUAGCUGCAGCACUUAGUUCCAGGCUACAUAUAUCCAUUUUUUCCAGCAUGAGGAGAGAAAUUACCUCUGGUGGUGCCCAUGCACAGAGCCUGGUUCACUAAACUAAAUAUGGCUGCUAUCCAUUUACAGAGCACACCAGUCCUCCUACGGAUUAUUAUUAUUAUUAUAUUUAUAGAGCGCCGUCAAAUUCCGCAGCGCUUUACAAUGGGUGGACGAACAGACAUGUAGUUGUAACCAGACAAGUUGGACACACAGGAACAGAAGGGUUGAGGGCCCUGCUAAAUGAGCUUACAUGCUAGAGGGAGUGGGGUAAAAUGACACAAAAAGGUAAGGAUAGUAUUAGACUAGUGACAGUUGCAGAAGAGGAAUCAGACAGGAGCUAUGGACAGAAGAUAGACGUAAGUCUUCAGCAGAUCGUAAGGGCCUAGACGGGACAAACUUGUGUAUAAGGGAGGAUAGAUAGGUGGGAGCAGCAUUAUGUAGCGAUUUGAAAGCAAGAACCAGAAUUUUAAAUUGAGCUCUAUAUUUUAUAGGAAGCCAAUGUAGGGACUGACAGAAGGGUGAGGCAUGGGAGGUGCGGGCGGACGGGAGGAUGAGCCUCGCCACCACAUUCAUUAUGGACUGUAACGGCACUAGUUGGGAGCACGUAAGACCACUGAGAAGCGGAUUACAGUAGUCAAGGCGAGAAAGGACAGUGGAAUGGACCAACACGUUAGUCGCAUCUGGUGUUAAGUAGGGGCGGAUGCGCGCAAUGUUUUUGAGAUAGAAAUGACAGGAUUUGGCGAUAGAUUGAACAUGAGGCUUGAAGGAGAGGUCGGAGUCAAAGAGAACACCUAGGCAGCGAGCCUGUGUGGUGGAGCUGAUGGUAGCACCGUUGACUUGGAGGGAGACAGACACAGGAGUAACAACACCUGAGGGAGGAAAGACCAGAAUUUCAGUUUAUCUCAUAAACCACUGCUGGACAGAGGUUUAUUGAAUAGGAUUAGACUCUUUAGACCAGAAUACGAGGCUUCUGACUGAAGAAACCUCUUUUUGUUGAAGAGCUAUAGUUAGCUUCUCUCAAGUAUUUCAGACCAUCAACGCAUUGUAAAAUCUAGUGGAUGGUGGAUGAUAUGAAUAAGAUAAAUUUACUGGUGGCUGUCACUAUAAUGUUAAGUUGUAUAUAUAGAUUUACAUUUAUCCUGCCUCUUUAAAUUAAUCUAUAUAUUUUCUGUUGUUCAACUGCAGGUUAUUAAAGCAGGAAGCCAGCUCUAGUGUAUUACAUACAGUAGAAAGCCCAAAAUGUUUCAGCAUCUACAACAGUAAGAACAGAGUACACGUUGUAACAGGGACGCUCCACCGGUACGUGCUUUCAGUGUGGGUACAGCGUUGGGUGAAUGCAUUUUUGUAUUCAAUACGUGCAGUGUGAUUGCAUGGUUGUUUAUGGUUUAUGGCUGAAAUAUCAAUGUAUGUAUUUAUGAACCGGGGCAGAAAAAAUGUUAUUGCAUGUUUAUACUUGCGAAUGCUGCGUGAGUGCUAAUGUAAGUGUAAUUAAGCGUUUUAUCAUGUGAAUAAACAUACGUCCAGUAUAAUCAUGGCUAUUCUACCUUAUCAAGCAUGUGGUGGUGUAAGCACAUUAGUGAGUUUCAUGAUUUAGCCACACAUUAUAGAGAGCCAUGACCUUCUUGGGUCCACCUAGAAAAAUCAAUUUCUUAAACCAGACAAUCUGCGUUUGCCAGUCCCUCAUUGGUGUCCUGAACAUAUCCAAGUGAUCUACAGAUCAAUCCACAACCGUAUGACACUUUACUGUUUGUAAAUUAAUCUAUUUGAUAUCUGUAUUUUGCCUUUAUUCAAAAUUACUAUAUUUUAUGUGGUUAAAAUUGUGUCCUAAAAAUUUAAAUUUUAAGGGCUUUCAGGAGUCUAAAUGCCUUAAAGGGGCAUUGUUCUCACUAUAAAAACUUCAUCUAAAUGAAGUUGUUGUAGUCCCUACAGUUGUUUCCCGUUGGGUAUGAGAGUUGCGGCUGUUACUUGCUGGCUCUCAUGCCCUAGCAUGUUGUGACGUCAUGCUCAUGCGCAGUGCUGUCACGGUGUGCCAGAGAAAAUUAUCACAGGCAAUGACUCUCUAUGGCAGAAUCUAUGGCGUAUUAUGAUUCUAGGAGGCGCAUUGCAUUGGAUGGUCGUCCCUGGGGUAUGCCUCCAGGAUGACAUCAGGCGAGGAGGAGGCCGCGGCAGCACCAAGGGAGACUCUGCGCUGGAGAGGUGAGUAAUUAAUUUAUUUACAUUUUAUUUAAUUUUAAAACCAAGUAGGGACAUUAAGACUGUACAUAAGGAAUACAGAUAUGUACAGAUAUGUAUUCCUAACGUAACAGCGUCCAUUUAAAAAGAUGCAUUUGAUAAAAUUCUUCAAACUAUUUUCAGGAAAUCUUUUCUGCUGAAAUGCAUAUUUUUGUGGAAGUGUUAAUACAUACCAGGUAAUUGGUCUCAUGUGCCAAGGUGUUGCUUGUUUUGGAAAAAAAUAUAUGAGAAAGGUUUUUUGGGGGGAAUUAGGUUCAGUUCUUUAUGUUUACUUUUGGUUAAAAAAAAUGAAAUUAACGAAUAUGAAAACGGCAAUAAUUGUCCUUUAUUUUACAGCGAGCAGCACCUUCCUGGUACCUCUUCAGGCUGCAACACCAACAACAGUAACAAUAAAGAUGAGUAAGUAGCUCCCAUUGAGCAAUAUUUUAUUCUCUCUAGUUUAUUCUAACGGAUUACUACGAAGCUAAAUAUGAGGGAUGGCAUUAAAGAAACACUCCAAACACCAGGACUACAUCAGAGCACUGUAGUUGUUAUGGUGCCAAGAGUGCCCAGGUGCCCCUUAUUGUAAGUAGUCAAACCAUUUUAGUAUGGUUUAAUUUCUUACCUAAAGUCUUUCGUACUCUACGUUUUACCUAUUCCAGCUCUCCCAAAGGCUGCAGAGAGGCAGUGCAGGUCUUGUUAAUUGGCAUGAGAGCAUCUGCUGAUCUCUCAGUCUAUGACAUAAGCCUUGCACCAGAGGGCGUAACUUAAGCAGAGAGCUUCUGGCGAGAUAGGAGGCUGCAGUGGGGGCACCCUGCGAGCUGCACUGGUUUUGGUGCUUAGAGUGUUCCUUUACAAUUUACCAUUCGUGCAUUAAUGCAAUCGUUUCAAUGUCAAUUUGUUGUUCAUUAAAAUACUUCUCCAGAACUCAAAUAAUUAUUCAUAAACAUAUAGAACAUAAUAGGGCUGAAAAAAUAACCGAGUUGGUCAUUUCUUCCAACUUAUCUAUUAUGUCUUAAAAAUCUAAAAUGUUCUGGUCAAUUCCUGACAAUUGUUUUGAUGGCAUUGAUUGUCAAUGUUCCGUUGCUCUCAAAGGGUCAGCCUUGGCUAAUCUGCAGUUAUUGCGUAGCUUUAUAACAAAAUAAAUAAUCAGCACAGACAUGUUAUUUGUCAACGUUAUUUACUUACAUUAGUUUUGCUUAUUUUCAGAGAGGAGAAAAAGAAAAAGAAAAAAGAAAAAAAAGAGUAAGUUGUCCAUUUUCAGACAGUUUUAGAAAUAUUCUCCGUACAGAGUUCAAAACAAUCAUGUUUCAAUUACUCGUUUUCAGAAAAACUGAUCAUAAAAAGGAAAAGAAGAAGGACAAAGACAAGAAAAAGGACAAAAUCAAAGGUGAUAAGGACAAAAAUAAAAAGGACAAAAAUAAGGACAAUGCUAAGGAGAAGAAGGAGGAAAAAGAGAAGGAAAAGGAGAAAGAAAAGGAGAAAGAGAAAGAAAAGGCAGAUAAAGAAAAGGCAGAGAAAGAAAAGGCAGAGAAAGAAAAGGCAGAGAAAGAAAAACAAGAGUAAGUACUAACGUAUCUCUAACUCAAACCAUAUCAGAUGGCUGGGGGACUUGGGCCUUCCAUAAACAUUUGGUAGAUGAUCACAGAGUUCAAUCUGCAGUGGAAGUGAAGCUAGGAGGGGUGUGACUAUAGCGGACCAAAAAGUGAAAGCUUACUACAAGAAGAUUGGGAGAAUUGAGACACCAGUCACUCUCGCAGACAGGUAAUUGGACACCAGGGACUCGCUGGUUAUUAUUGCUUAUAUGAGCACUGUUUGGACUUGCCUCUGGCAUUUUAAUUAGAGAUUCUAUUGUUCUCUCUACUUUCCUUAUUGGGUAAGCAUUUUAAAUAAUUAAAAAUCGUUGGAUAAACUUAAAAUAUAUAUUUUUAAAAAUAUUAAAAUAUAAAAAAAAAAUAUUGUAUAUAAAAAAUUACAAAAAAAAUCCCAAUAUUUUUCAUAAUAUUCAAUAAUUUUAUAUGUUUAUUCAAAAAUAUUAAAUAAUUUGAAAUGUUUAUCCAAAAAUAUUAAAUUAUGGUCUAAUUUAUUUAUUUAUUUUUUUAAAAUAGAGUCAAAAGGUAAAAAAGAAAAAUAGGGAAAGAUUAUAUGUAAAAAUGUAGCAAUGUUUCAGUUCAUAUAACAAAACUAGUAAAUAUCCCAAGAGUGUAGGACAGGCUACAUGAUGACAUCUAGUGGCCACAGCUGGUGCUGCACAGUGUUUGCAUUCCUCCAAAAGUUUUUGCAAACCUCUCAAUUAUAAUAACAGGGUCGCGUCUACAAAACCAGUGUAUGUCUACAACAUGUGUAUUGCAAGCAAUACACAUGUUGAUCUGUAAAAAAGCUCUAUGUAUAAAUAUAUUAUUAACUGCACAUGUACAGUUUAAAGAAAAAGAAAGUAGCAGAUGGUUACAUUUUGUGACACUGGUGUGUGUGAGAAUAUAUACUUCCAUUUUAUUUUUAACAUUCUUGUUUGUAUUUUUUUUUCCAGAAAGAAGAAAGACAUUUAUGUAAUUGAUCCUUCAGGAAACAUGUAUUAUAAUUGGCUAUUUUGCAUCACAAUGCCUGUCAUGUACAACUGGACCAUGAUUAUAGCCAGGUGAAUUGAAAUUAAUAGAGGAAUACUAUAAAGUAUAGUAAAAUAUGUUGGACUAACUAUUAUAAGAGCGUGCCUCCUACACAUAUCCUGGGCUUAUUAGAGCUAAUAACAUGUUACUGUGGGUUCGUUAACAAAGAGCUCAAAUUCGUGCAAUUUUUUAGCUUUGGGCCCUAUUUUCUAGACUUGUGCUCAGAAGGAAAAUUCAGUUCAACCGAACCAUUCAAUCCAUAAUGUUCUGUAAUUUCAGGGCAUUUCAUUGUGGUUCAAGUUUUGUUUCUCGAAAUGUAAUGAAUGGAAUUUGUUAUCUGAUAAUAAAGAGAGUUAGCAAGUAGGGACUAGAUGGAUAAUGUGACGACACAUUAGGUGAUAAGUAAAGUACUGAAAUGCGUGGGCAGUUGUGCUGCCUGUCUACUCCAUACCAGCACCCCCUUGUCAGUUAGAUGUGGAACAAAUAGUGAAAUAUACAUAGAACUUACCUUGAGCUCCCCCUUUGCACCUUAUCCACGCAGGGGGGACAAUAACUGCGUGGAAGACCUAAUGGUUCGUGGACCCCCUGGAGAAGGGAUGUCUACUCUGUUGCAAAAUAUGCUUCAGUUUGGCUAUUUUGGCAUAAAAUGUUACAUUCCUUUUGAAUGCCACACAGUUCACUCAGUUGUGAAUAGCUAUGACAUUGGAUAUGGUGGCUGCAUUGCAUAUGGUGUUUGGAGUAUUCCUUUAAGCCCUUCACCUAGUGGCUACCUGGAUUGGUUAGCAGCACAGCUCUCUUGCUUUCCCCAGUGCUCAAACCCUGAAGUGCAAUAAGAAAUUUUACAAAACCCACUGUAUAACUAUUUAAUAUUUAAAUAGAAGCAUUAAUCAACUGCCACUUCAAAGGCAGGAUUUUUGACAUCAAUAAUAUAAAAAAAAUCAAAGACUAGCUGAAGUAUUUGACAGCAUAUCUGAGCAAUACGUUUUCACAGAUUGUCACUAGUGUCUCAGCUGAUUGAGUAUUAUUAGUGUACACAAGAACCCUGAGUGUUAUAUUAAUAUCUUAACUUUACAUUCAAUUUAAAUAAAGACCAUCAGUCAUUUGGGACGUAUAAGCAUUUUUACUUGUGUUCUAAUCCUUGUACUAUGAGAAAGGCUGAACUUGAUGGAUUGGACGCAAGUCUCUUUUCAGCCAAUAAACUAUGUAAAAUUAAAAAAACACAACUGACAGCUUUCGAACAGGUUGGUUUAAAAUUCACUAACUGACACUUGUUUUAUUCUGUAGGGCUUGUUUUGAUGACCUUCAACAAGACUAUUUAGAAGCUUGGUUUCUGCUUGAUUAUUUGUCAGAUGCCAUCUAUAUUGCAGACAUGUUUGUAAGAACAAGAACAGGUAAAAAAGUUAUGUUCUGUGUCAGUUAAAAUUAUAGAACUUAAAGAGGCACAAUAGUCACCAAAACAACUUUAGCUUAAUGAAGCAGUUUUGAUGCACAGAUCAUGCCCCCACAGUCUCAUUGCUCAAUUCUUUGCAAUUUAUGAGUUAAAUCACUUUGAAUAUGCAGCCCUAGACACACCUUCCUGUGUGUGACUUACAGAGCCUUCCUAAACACUUCCUGUAAAGAGUUAUCUAAUGUUUACACUUCCUUUAUUGCAAAUUCUGUUUAAUAUAGAAUUUCGGAUCCCUGUCCUGUUAAUAGCAUGCUAGAUCAUGCAGGAGACUCCUGUAUGUAAUUCAAGUUCAAUUUACAGAGCAGGAGAUAAAAACAUUCAAAGUCUGUUGCAUUUGAUUGAAAAUAGACCAUUUUUAUUCAUGCAGUUUGUGUCAGUCACAGCCAGGGGAGCUGUGGCUAGGGCUGCAUAAACAGAAGCAAAAGUGACUUAACUCCUAAAUGCCAGUGAACUGAGAAGUGAAACUUCAGAAGCAUGAUCUAUACACCAAAACUGCUUCAUUAAGCUAAAGUUGUUUUUGUGACUAUAAUGUCUCUUUAAACCCUUAAGGACCAAACUUCAGGAAUAAAAGGGAAUCAUGACAUGUCACACAUGUCAUGUGUCCUUAAGGGGUUAAAAAAUAUAUACUUUGCAGUUAGUAGAUUGGUUAAUGAUUAAUGUAUGCUUCUAAUAUCUUAUUCUAAUGCUCCUAUUUUAAAGCUGUAUUAUAUUUUGUAAAGUAAUAAAAGUUUAUUUUAACGCUAAGGUAUAAUAGCAAAGAUUUCAAUCGUCCACAGUGUUUUAUUUUUAAAUGACAAUUCAUGAUGAAUUGCUGGAUUGUUACACAUUUGUAUAUAUAUUUUUUGUAAACAAUUCAAAGUAUUUUUGUGAAAGAAUGAAAAGAGAAUGGAUAGAACGAUGGGUGGGUGGAUAGAUAGAAGUAAAGAAUAUUUUUUCCUGUACAUUUGCAUAUAUAUUUGAGUAACAUCUAUAUUAUAGUGCUUUGUUAAAAUACUUAUUUCUGUUUCAUUUUAAGGAUAUCUUGAGCAAGGUCUUCUGGUCAAAGAUGAAACUAAACUGAGGAAUAAAUACAAAAAGACUUUACAAUUUAGGCUGGAUGUUGUCUCAAUGAUACCCACAGAUAUACUAUAUUUAAAAUUUGGAACUAACUACCCAGAACUAAGAUUCAAUAAAUUGCUAAGAAUUUCUCGGAUGUUUGAGUUUUUCCAGAGAACAGAGACAAGAACCAAUUAUCCUAACAUUUUCAGAAUCUCCAACCUCAUCAUGUACAUCGUGAUCAUUAUCCAUUGGAAUGCUUGUUUAUUCUAUUCCAUUUCUAAAGCAAUAGGAUUAGGGGCAGACACAUGGGUCUAUCCAAACGAUACUGAUCCAGAAUUUGGAAGGCUUGCGAGAAAGUAUGUGUACAGUCUCUACUGGUCUACCCUCACCCUAACUACUAUUGGUGAAACCCCUCCACCGGUCUUGGAUUCUGAGUACUGGUUUGUGGUAGCUGAUUUCUUAGUGGGAGUAUUGAUUUUCGCUACAAUCGUCGGUAAUGUUGGUUCUAUGAUUUCAAACAUGAAUGCGGCAAGAGCUGAAUUUCAGGGAAGAAUUGAUGCCAUUAAACAGUACAUGCACUUCCGAAAAGUGAGCAAAGAGUUAGAAAAAAGAGUUAUCAAAUGGUUCGACUACCUGUGGACAAACAAAAAAGCUGUUGAUGAAAGGGAUGUCUUGAAAUACCUGCCUGACAAAUUAAGAGCUGAGAUUGCUAUCAAUGUUCAUCUGGAUACAUUAAAGAAGGUCAGGAUCUUUGCUGAUUGUGAAGCAGGCCUUUUGAUUGAAUUGGUCUUAAAACUGCAACCUCAAGUAUACAGCCCUGGAGAUUAUAUUUGCAGGAAAGGAGACAUUGGACGGGAAAUGUACAUUAUCAAAGAAGGCAAACUUGCUGUUGUAGCUGAUGAUGGGAUUACUCAGUUUGUUGUUUUGAGUGAUGGUAGCUACUUUGGUGAGAUUAGUAUUCUAAACAUCAAAGGAAGUAAAGCCGGAAAUAGAAGGACAGCCAAUAUUAAGAGUAUCGGUUAUUCUGACCUUUUUUGUCUCUCUAAAGAUGACCUCAUGGAAGCGUUAACUGAGUACCCUGAUGCUAAGGCAAUGCUUGAGGAGAAAGGAAGACAGAUUUUAAUGAAAGAUGGCCUACUAGAUUUAGACAUUGCAAAUUCAGGGGUUGAUCCAAAGGACAUCGAAGAGAAAGUGGCUCACAUGGAAGGUUUAGUGGACAACUUGCAAACAAAGUUCGCAAGACUUUUGGCUGAGUAUGAUUCAGCACAACAGAAACUUAAGCAACGAGUAUCCAAAAUUGAAACUAUGUUAAAGCCAGAGGCUGAGGAACCACCAGAGGUGGAAGGUCCAAAAGAAGAAGCAGAGGCACCCCCAAAAGAAUAAUUUAAUUAAUUAAGUUAAAGACUUGCACCUAUUGAAAGGCGUAACUAUUUUGUUAAGCAAAGAUUGUCACAAGAUAUGACAAUAACUUUGUUUUUGUUGAUAAAGUUUCGGAACAUGUUUACACACUGUGACAUUAAUGCAGAACUUUAUUUUCUCAUACAAUAUAAAUGUAUGGACUGGAGAGAUACAUUUUAUCUACCUUCAUGGAAUGGGACACAUUUUACAAAUACAUUGUUUUUGAGUGGAAGUGUUUUUCUUUAUUUAAAAUGAACGUUCAAUAUCAAAUAACAAAUAAUAUUUAAAAAGCCCAUCAUACAGUCAAAAUUUUCUUCAAUGUAUUUUCAAAAUCUGUACUUUAGUAACAUUUAUAUUUAGUACUGUAAAGACAUUUAGAACUACAAUAACU